UACCAUACCUUGCGCAAAAUCGUAAACAAAAUAAGCAUGGUUAGGUUAUUCUUGUAUUAAAUUGAUUUAAAAUAUGGGUCUUACGAAGCAAUAUUUACGUUAUGCGCCCAGCGGCACUUUCAACAUAAUCGCUAGUGCUGACUGUAAUUGUACACAUGUAUCUUUAAAUGGAGUAAGCGGACGAUAUGUAGCAGUAGGUGCAUGUGAGCAUGUUAUUAUUUGGGACAUGAGACUUGGAGAAAAGGCACAAGUGCUCUCUGGGGAAAAUGUUGUAGUGUCUCAGAUCGCAGCGAGCCCGACGGGCAACCAUAUGGCGGUAGGCUACGUGGACGGCAACAUCAGCGUGUUCGAGCUCGUUAACAACGAGAUUGUUUGCCAGUUUGCUGGUCACAAGUCUGCUGUGACUUGCUUACAGUAUGACGAACAAGGGCACCGGCUGGUGUCUGGAUCUAAGGAUACAGAAGUGAUUCUUUGGGAUGUAGUAUCAGAAACUGGUAUUGCAAGAUUCAGCGGCCACAAAGGUGCUAUAACUAGUGUUCUAUUCAUUAAUGGGAAGAAUUGUAUUGUGAGCUCAUCAAAGGACACUUUUGUCAAGUUCUGGGAUAUUGAAACUAAACACUGCUUUAAGACUUUAGGGGGACAUCAAAUGGAGGUGUGGUCAGCUGUUCUAAUGAAAGAGGAGAGAUACCUGGUGACAGGCAGCAUGGACCAAGAACUACGGGUGUGGAAGCUCAAUUGGACAUCUGAUGUUAAGGAGGAGGACAAGCUCAUCAGGCAGAUGGAGAUUGUCAAGCUGGAGGAAACAGACAACUUGGAAGAUAGCUCAGUAUUACAAUGUCACCAAGUGGGCACCCUAAUGCGCGGCGGUAAAGGGCGCGUGGUAGGCCUCACCACUGAUCUUGGACAGAGCAUAUUGGCGUGUUACGGGACCGAUUCUCUGUUGGAAAUAUUCUCCUUCUGUACUGAUGAAGAGGCUAAGCAAAGGAUGAGUAAAAGGAUAAAAAAGCAGAGGAAAAAGUUAAUAAAACAAAAGGAGACUGGUGAAGUACCCGCCGACACACCCGACGUGGUGGAAUUCCUGACGCUAACUGACGAAGUGCGGCGGCUCACUUCCAUAAAACUGAGCGCGAAGCUCAAGUCCAACACGUUACUGCUUGGCGUUACGGGGGAGCUGCGUGUGGGUGUUACUCUCGCUAACAACUCUGUUGAACUACACAGUCUCAAGCAAGAAGAAGAUGAAGUGAAAUGUCUUAAAGAGAUAAGAAUGCCCGGCCACCAGAAGGAGCCGCGCUGUGUGGCCAUCAGCUCCGAUAACUUAGCCGUUCUGUCCGCGUCGGCUGAUUCCAUCAAAUUGUGGAACAGACCAAACCAGUCCUGCCUCCGCACUAUCCCCCUAACAUCAGGGCGGCCCACAAGCCUCACGUUCCUGCCGGGCGACCGCCACGCGGCCGCGGGCUGCGCUGACGGCUCCUUGCUUAUACUCGACGUGGGCGCCGGGGCGGUCAUAGAGACAGUCCCUGCGCAUCAGGGCGAGUGUUCUAGUAUCGCCAUGACGCCUGACUCGAGAGGCUGUGUUUCCGGCGGAGCUGACAAGACUGUGAAGUUUUGGCAGUUCGAGCUGAUACCGGAUCCCACGGGAGAAUCUAAAGCCAAAGUUCUUUCGUUACUCCACACAAGAACGUUGGAACUGGAAGAGGCGGUGACUGCAGUCAAGAUCAGUCCGAACUUCAAGUUCAUUGCGGUGGCGCUCAUGGAUUCCACCGUCAAAAUAUUCUUCGUUGACACAUUUAAGUUCUACCUACAACUCUACGGCCACAAGCUGCCAGUCCACGCUCUGGACAUCAGCUACGAUUCCAACAUCAUCGCCACAGGCUCCUCCGACCGAAACGUCAAGAUCUGGGGCAUGGACUUCGGAGACUGCCACAAGUCCAUCUUUGCGCACAACGACUCUGUGACGUCACUCCAAUUCGUUCCCAGCACGCACUAUUUCUUCACUGCGUCUAAAGAUGGGAAGGUGAAGCAAUGGGAUGCGGAUUCAUAUGACAAUAUUAUCACACUACAAGGUCACGCAGGGUCAUGUCACGCGCUGGCCGUCGGUGCGGGUGGUUUACACGUGGCCUCGUGCGGGUCAGAGAACGCCUUGCGAUUAUACACACGCACAGAUGAGCCGCUAGUGCUGGGCGACACCGAUGAGCAGGAGGAGGGGCUUGCUACAGGGGAAACACAUGCACCUGUACCAGGUCUACCGGGCCUCGCGAUGCCAACAAAGAAAACCAUAGGAGCUGAAAAAGCUGCGGACUCAAUAAUGGAGUGUCUGUCCAUCGGAGCCGCGUACAAAAAGGAGCGCACCGAAGCGCGCGGUCAGCCGGUGCAGCCGCCGCUACUCAUGGCCGCGUACAACUGUGACAACGAAGAAGACUUCUUGCUGGAGACUCUGAAGAAGAUACGCGCCAGUGAUUUAGAAGAAGCCCUGCUCCUCCUGCCUUUCAACACCGCGUGCGAGAUCGUGCGAAUGUUGCCGAACAUGCUCGAACGUGGUGCCAACACCGAGCUUCUUUGCCGGACAGCUAUAUUCCUGCUUAAGGUUCACCACGCGCCGCUGAAGGCACACAAAGCGCUGCUCAAGCCGCUCAUACAAAUACAAGCCAAAGCUGUGAUGCGCCUGUCGGAGAUGCGAGACACGGUCGGCUACAACGUGCACGCUCUGCAAUGGAUGCGGCGCGAGGCGGAGGCGGCGGAAUCCGAGCAGCUGUUCCGCGAGGCCACCGGCGCGCGCCGCGGCAAGGAGCGCCGCCGCCGCGCCAGGCAGGCGCUCAAGCGGCCCAUACUCACUGUUACUUGAAUAUAUUCAUGCUAGUUA